ACCCAGCAGCUGGCAAGAAAACCAGCCAUGCAACCUAGAGAGCUCCCUGGAUGCCAGGAGGCAGCUGUGCAAGCUUCGGAGGCCUCAGGCCUAGCUGCCCUGGCAGACACCCAGGGAGGAAAGACAACGUGGCCUUGGCAGCUGCCCGCCAGGAAGGAGCCCACAGGUGCCAGGGAGAAGACGCUUCCAGGUCCUGGCCCCCUCAGCAGCCCUGAACAUUCUGCUCCGGCAAAGGUGGUGAGGGCAGCAGUUCCUAAACAGCGCAAAGGCAGCAAGGUUGGUGACUUUGGAGAUGCAAUCAACUGGCCCACACCUGGAGAGAUAGCCCACAAGAGUGUGCAGCCACAGUCCCACAAGUCUCAGCCUGCCCGUAAGCUGCCACCCAAAAAGGACAUGAAGGAACAGGAGAAAGGAGAAGGGAGCGAUAGUAAGGAGAGCCCAAAAACCAAAUCGGAUGAAUCAGGGGAGGAGAAGAAUGGGGAUGAGGACUGCCAGCGAGGGGGUCAGAAGAAGAAAGGGAACAAACACAAGUGGGUCCCCUUGCAAAUAGACAUGAAGCCUGAAGUGUCGAGAGAGAAACUGGUCUCGCGCCCUGCUCGCCCACCAGAGCCACGACACACACCUGCCAACCGUGGGGAGAUCAAAGGGUCUGAGCCUGCCACCUACGUGUCUGUGCCUGUGGCCCCCCCCACCUCAGCCUGGCAACCAGAGACCAAACCGGAGCCUGCCUGGCCCGACCAGGAUGAGACAUCGAGUGUGAAGAGUGAUGGGGCUGGUGGGGCACGGGCUUCCUUCCGCGGCCGUGGACGGGGGCGUGGUCGUGGCCGCGGACGUGGCCGGGGUGGCGUUCGAACCCAUUUUGACUACCAGUUCAGCUACCGAAAGUUUGAUGGUGCAGAGGGUCCUCGAACCCCGAAGUAUAUGAACAACAUCACCUACUACUUUGACAAUGUCAGCAGCACUGAGCUGUACAGUGUGGACCAGGAGCUGCUCAAGGACUACAUCAAGCGCCAGAUUGAAUACUACUUCAGCGUGGACAAUUUAGAGCGCGACUUCUUCCUGCGACGGAAAAUGGAUGCUGACGGUUUCCUUCCCAUCACUCUUAUUGCUUCCUUCCACCGAGUUCAGGCCCUUACCACUGACAUUUCACUCAUCUUUUCGGCCCUAAAAGACAGCAAGGUGGUGGAGAUUGUUGAUGAGAAAGUCCGCAGGAGGGAGGAGCCCGAGAAAUGGCCUCUUCCUGGUCCCCCAAUAGUGGAUUAUUCCCAAACUGAUUUCUCCCAGCUUCUCAACUGCCCUGAGUUUGUGCCCCGCCAGCACUACCAGAAGGAGACAGAGUCGGCGCCUGGCUCUCCUCGUGCAGUCACCCCAGUGCCAACCAAAACGGAGGAGGUCAGCAACCUAAAGACACUGCCCAAGGGCCUGUCUGCCAGCCUGCCUGACCUGGAUUCCGAGAACUGGAUUGAAGUGAAGAAGAGGCCUCGGCCCUCCCCAGCACGGCCCAAGAAGUCAGAGGAGCCCAGGUUAGUCCACCAGACCUCUGUGCCUCAGCAGCUACCCUCUCAGCAGCUGAUGUCCAAGGAUCAGGAUGAGCAAGAGGAACUGGAUUUCCUGUUUGACGAGGAGAUGGAGCAGAUGGAUGGACGGAAGAACACCUUUACCGCCUGGUCUGAUGAGGAUUCUGACUAUGAAAUUGAUGACCGGGAUGUCAACAAGAUCCUCAUUGUCACUCAGACGCCACCAUACAUGCGCCGGCACCCAGGGGGGGACCGCACAGGCAACCACACCUCCCGUGCCAAGAUGAGCGCUGAGCUGGCCAAGAUCAUUAACGAUGGGCUCAACUACUAUGAGCAGGACCUGUGGGCUUCAAAGUUCGAACCUGAGUACUCCCAGAUCAAGCAAGAAGUCGAGAACUUCAAGAAAGUCAACAUGAUCAGCCGGGAGCAGUUUGACACACUAACCCCUGAGCCCCCUGUGGAUCCCAAUCAGGAAGUCCCUCCCGGGCCACCCCGAUUCCAACAAGUUCCCACUGAUGCCCUGGCCAACAAGUUGUUUGGUGCUCCCGAGCCUUCUACCAUUGCCCGCUCUCUACCAACCACUGUCCCAGAGUCGCCAAACUACCGCAAUGCCAGGACCCCCCGCACUCCCCGGACACCGCAGCUCAAAGAUUCAAGCCAGACGUCACGGUUUUACCCAGUGGUGAAGGAAGGACGGACCCUAGAUGCCAAGAUGCCUCGGAAAAGGAAGACAAGACACAGCUCCAACCCACCCUUGGAGAGUCAUGUGGGCUGGGUGAUGGAUUCCCGAGAGCACAGGCCCCGGACUUCUUCCAUCAGCUCCAGCCCCUCAGAAGGGACGCCUACGGUUGGCAGCUAUGGCUGCACCCCUCAGUCGCUACCCAAGUUUCAGCAUCCUUCCCAUGAGCUGCUCAAGGAAAAUGGCUUCACACAACACGUCUACCACAAGUAUCGUAGGCGCUGCCUUAAUGAGCGGAAACGCUUGGGCAUUGGCCAGUCUCAGGAGAUGAACACUCUCUUUCGAUUUUGGUCCUUCUUCCUCCGAGAUCACUUUAACAAAAAGAUGUAUGAGGAGUUCAAGCAGCUGUCUCUGGAGGAUGCCAAAGAAGGCUACAGAUAUGGUUUGGAGUGCCUUUUCCGAUACUACAGUUACGGCCUGGAAAAGAAGUUCCGGCUGGACAUAUUCAAGGAUUUUCAGGAGGAAACCGUGAAAGACUAUGAAGCCGGUCAGCUCUAUGGGCUGGAGAAAUUCUGGGCCUUCUUGAAAUAUUCCAAAGCCAAAAAUUUGGACAUUGACCCCAAACUUCAAGAAUACCUCGGCAAAUUCCGACGUCUCGAAGACUUCCGAGUGGAUCCCCCCAUGGGUGAAGAAGGCAACCACAAGCGACACCCAGUGGCAGCAGGAGGUGGUGGCGGUGAGGGCAGGAAGCGGUGCCCCUCCCAGUCUUCCAGCAGGCCCACUACCGUGAUCAGCCAAUCCCCCACCCCACCUGUCGGCCCGCCCACCCGGGAAGAUGCCAAAUGGACGACCCAGCACUCAGCACACUGACUUUGGGAAAGUGAAAACCCCUUGGCCCUGGGAGGGAUGGGCAAGAGUCCAUGGGCAAGAGUCCACCCAGUCCCAGGAGAGGGGACAGAGAAGGGACAGGCCUCUAGUCAUUAGGAUGGGCCUUUGUGCUGAGUAGCAAUGUGUACACCUUUUGGGCUAUCAGAGGUACCCUGGGCAGGAGCCUCCACACAUUCCCUUCCCCCUCCUCUCUCCAUGACUUCUUCACAUCCUAGCUUCUAAGGGGGGAGGGAACAGGGGAGAUUUUAUAUAUAUAUAUAUAUAUAUAUAUAUAUACAUACAUAUACAUAUCAAGUUUUAAAUUAUUGAUAGUUCAUUUGGAUUACCAAAAUCACUCUGUAGCCCUGCCCACGGCGGAUAGGCCGCAACCCUAGCCCCCAUCCCACAGCCUCCUGCUCCCCCUCAAGCCAACUAUGCAGCCCACAAGAAGGCCCUGUGGGCCCCAUUGCCCAGCACUGUUCCAUGGAAGGCUCUGCAGCGCCCCUGGGCCCCAUGAGCACUGGCCCCUUUAUCAUCUGGGGCUUGCCAUCAUCAUGUUCCCCCUACUGCCCCGUGCCCUUCCGCCAUCUUCCGGGAGAAGGAAACCAAAGGAUCUAAAAGUGGAGGUGGGGGAGGUUUUGGCCUCUCCCCACUCCCCUCUUCCCAUACCCCUUACUCCCCAGCCCAGAGAGACGCUGCUCAUACCAGAAAAGACUAUUGAAAGAUGAUUUAUUUUAUUUUUCUCUGACCUUAUCAUCCUUGGGGAAGAAGGAAAAAAAAAAAAAAAAAAGACAAAACCGACCAUAAAAGACCAAAAAAAGAAAAUCAGAAAACCCCCACCUAAUCCACAGCAAGUGAUGUUUUUCGCCUACCCUUGGAAUUUGUUUUGUUUUGUUCUUUGAAAUAAUAUUUUUUUAAAAGUUGCCUUAUUGUGGAGCGGGAAUCUGAAAUACCCAAAUGCCUGUUUUCCUCGGUGGAGUCCACUCAGAGCUCUCACCUUCUCUGGAUGUGCCUGGGCUGGAUUGACUAGACUCUUCCUCUGGACUGAAUUGCAUGUACAGUGCCUCCUGCUUUGGAGGCAAGAGAGUUGGGGUUGGCUCGGAUGAGAGCCAUGCCCGAAUAUCCCUGCUGUUGCAUCGUUUGAAGCUGACGUCCUGUGUCUACACUGCUGCCACUGUCGUGUCCUCGCUCUGCUUGCUGUUGCCUCACACUAGGCCCUGUCCCUGCUGUGAUACCCUUCAUUCUACCCUUGGAACCCCAAGGCCAAGUUUGCUUCAAACUGUUGGAGAAGAGCGUUGGCCUGGAUCUGGGACACACACGUCCUCAGCUUGACCGUCUUCCCACUUCAGAGGGGAAAGGUGAACACCUGGCAGCUGAGGCUUGGAAGUGUUUCUUAAGUUGCCCUGAAAGAUCUUUGAGACUCAAGGAGGCUUUGUCUCGUAAAAGGUGGAGAAAAA